UGAUGUAAACACAGACACACGGAUCAGAUUAGCCACGGCUAAACAGCGUAAGGCCGCACCGUCGAGAUUUCCUUUACAAACCGUGCUAAACCAUCUAUGCAGCGUUUAACUAACACUGUUUAACAGCCAUGGACUUCUACAUCAACCUGAAGGUGAAUUUCAGAGGAAACACGAAGAGUUUUCUGCUGUCCGGCUCGGAGACGAAGAGCUGGGAGACGGUGGAGGCCACGGUGAAGAGGUCUUUCGGCUUAUGCAAUCUACAGCUGACAUACUUUGAUGAGGAAAAUGAAGAGGUUUCAAUCAACAGCCAGUUGGAGUAUGAAGAGGCUCUGAAGAGUGCAGCCCGACAGGGGAACAGGCUGCAGAUGAAUGUUUAUGAGACCCGUGGCACCACGGGCAGAGUGCCCGGCCCGGCACCAGCCCUGAGUUUGGCUCAGGUGAAGACGGGCACCAUCCCAGAGCCCAAGAAAGGCUUCCGGCCUCCGCAGCACUGCCCGGCUCUGGCGCAGGUGGUGAGCCGAAAGGUCCAGGCUGCCGUGCCUGAAGAGGGUUUAGUGACCCUUAAUGAGCUUAAAGGCGGUAAAGUUGAGGAUAAGACACCUCCAGCCUGGUUUACGUCCUACAUGGAAAAGUUCAAGGACCAGGUAGUUCGAGAAGCAGUGGAGAAGAUCUGCAGGGAGUUUUCUGGUCAGUGCUGUAUCCAUAAGCCUGUUGGAGCGGAGGCCCAGGUUCCUGAGGUUUCGUCCUCCACGCUGCCCGGAGCUCCCAGCUCAGCGCCGGCCUGCAGCAGCUGCCGUGGACAGACUGCGGGUGGAGGGUACCAGUGCAGUGUCUGUACAUCCUGCACUCUGUGUGAGCCUUGUAGCUUCUCUCACGACCCCAGCCACAACCUGGUGAGGGCCAGAACCCCCCUCUCCAUCCCCGAACACGGCUCCCCAGCUCCGGACCACAGCAGGUUCUACAGGCGGGGGGACCGGAGUUUUCGGAAGGCGGAGAAACAGCGCUUAAAGGCGGAGAAGCGUCAGCUGAAGGCGGAGGUGAAGGAGAUCAGGAAGCAGCUGAGGAUGGAGCGGAGGGGGCUGCAGUGGGGAUCAGCUGGAGACGGUAGCUCCUCUCCGGUUCUGCUGCAGCCUCGAGCCACACAGGCCAACAGCCCGGAGCGUCCUAAGCGUCCGUGUCCUCUGGCUGUGCCCGCUAUGACGGCUCUGCUGCUGGACGAGAACCUGCCAGACGGAUCACGUCUGCGGCCAGGGACCAAGUUCAUAAAGUACUGGAAGAUGAAGAACAGCGGCAGAAUGUCCUGGAGCUCAGAGACCAAACUGAAGUUUAUGUGGGGGAACCUGGCGGUGGGUUCAGGUGAGCGGUGGAGGGAGGUUCCAGUGCCCACGCUGCAGCCGGGUCAAGUGGGCGUGGUCAGUGUGGCACUCUGCGCUCCAACUCUGGAGGGCACCUACACCUCCCACUGGCGCCUGGCACACAGAGGGGAGCAGUUUGGGCCACGGGUUUGGUGUAGCAUCGUGGUGGACCCCCAUGCUCCUACUGCCAUCUCUGCUGACGGCCUGCUUGUCUCCCCCUGCGUCACUCCUCACGUUCCAUGUACCACAGAAGGACAUGCAGAGUUAAGUCCUGUUCUUGUUCUUCAGGAGAAAUCGGCUCGUACGCUGGAGAGAGAGGAGAAAUGUCGCGCUGCCUCCAGAGAACAGUUGCUCAUUACAGUGGACCAAGACUGUGACCAGGAAUUCUACAUUCCAUCUGUAGACCUACUUACAGCACAGGACUUGCUGUCAUUUGAGCUGCUGGACAUCAACAUUGUUCAGGAGCUGGAGAAUGUACCAAACAACACCCCAGCAGAUAUUACUCCAUGCAUAUCUCCUCUGCCCCAUGAUACACUCCUUCAGGAGAAACCAACUCUGGGGCUCAUCCAGGAGGAGGCAGAAGCCCAAGGAGUCAAUAGCAUUCUGGAAGUGACCCAAAGCCCGGAGUUAGGAGGAGUUCCAGCCCAGGAGAAAGGAGAGGAGAACAUCAUCAGCCGUCAAUUUGUGAGCGAGUCAGUGAUCCGCUCUCUCACACUGGGAGAGGUGUUAGACCACAGUGUCCUUCACGGGAGAUGCCCCACUAAAGUGUUGCGUCCAGCACCCCAGGGCUCAGUGUCUCUUUGUGAGAGGAAAGCAGAGACAGUUUCAGAAAACAGCCCAGAUGAUAGCCCUGUCUCAGAUCCACUUAAAGAGGAGACAGGAGUGAUCCCAGCCCCGGCUCGGCUCCACACAGACACAGAGGCAGUUCCUGAUCCCACUCCACUCCUGACGGUUCCUACUGAGCAGAUCACCGCAGAUGAAGGUAACGAGUCUGACAUUGAGCAGAUCUUGGUGGAUCCAGCCAGUGGUGAGCGGUUCGAGGAGGAGGAGUUGGACAGCAGGAAGAAGAAGGAGGAAGAAGAGGAGAAAACGAAAGAUGAAGCCUCAGAAGGAGGGAAAGAGACUCGUAGCAGAACAUCCUCGGCCUCGUCUGAGGAUUACAUCAUCAUCCUGCCGGACUGCUUCGACACCAGCCGGCCACUCGGAGAGUCUAUGUACAGCUCGGCGCUGUCGCAGCCUGGUGAUGACUUAGCUGGAGUGGAUCAGCUGGACACAGAGAUCCACUCACCCAGCAGUGCAUGUGUUAGCGCCGAUGCUAACGACAUGCUGUGUGCCUCGCAGACUCUGGACUCUGUUCCCCUCACUCCAGUGAUUGUAGCUGCACCCAGACCCUCUGGAAAGUCCAGCUCAGAAACGGAUGAACAGCCAGAAGAGCCACAGCAGCCUGAGAGCAAAGAGAAAGAGGAGCAGGAACAGGAUUCUGUGUCCAGUCCCUCAGAGCCUGGGAGCUCUUGUCCAGCUGACUCUGAGAUACAGGAACUCAAAGCGAACAGUAUAACUGGAGGUUUAGUGAAAGGUGCUCUCUCCGUAGCUGCGUCCGCCUAUAAAGCUCUGUUUACGGGGCAGCCUGGCCCUGAACAGCUUCCUGAGGAAGCUGCCACUCAGGAUGCCAUGAUGGCCGUCCUGGUGGAGAUGGGCUUCGGCGACCGAGCGCUGAACCAGCGUUUGCUGCAGAAACACGGCCGGAACCUUCUGGACGUGGUCAACGAACUGGUGCACAUGCAAGACAACGACUGGUACUCCACCCGCUACUGACACCGCUGUAGUACUCCGUCUACUUUCUCUCCGUCUCCCCUUCUGUGUGCAUUUGUUAUUGACCGUGAUCCAGAGUGUCUCCAUGAUCCACAUCAAAGGGAAAUUCCACUGAUUUGUCUGAAUUAAUGCACCUAAUUAAAUGGUUUUGAUGUAAACGGAGUCAUUCAGAGUGGUUUGGUGUGAAACGCUUCAUUCUAGAGAAACUUACCGAGUCAGAAUUGUUCACAGUGGUGGUGAUAGGAACCAGACGUCCACCUCUAAAAGCUC